UGGCGCGUUGUCCCCCUUUGCCCUGCACUGGAGAGCCUGAAAGAUGCCUGCCAUCACCUAACAUUUUGAUGCUCGUUUUUAGAUCUUAACCUACGUCUAUUUCGAGCACGCUCCGUAUCAUCCCAUCGUUGAAUUGAGUACGUAACACCACAUUGCCGACGGGAUUGUGUCUAUGGAUACGUUUCUAUUUCCUGAUCCCAUAUUCUUUAUUCCUCGCAAUAUAGUCUGCAUCCACGUCUUCACCAUCGGGUUCAAAAUGGUGUCCCGCCUGAGUGGAAAUUACUUGGGAUUGAAAUUGAAAGUCACCCAUCUCGCUGUCGCGGGGGACAUGUUUUCUACGCUUUUGCAUUCGAUGUUCUUGAACAACCUCUACACGGUGGACCAGUCCUCAUCUUGGUGGGUCAUUCCCAUAUUCGGCGUGUUGUAUGGCAUCCAGCGCUUUAUCAUGAUCACAUUGAGAUUAACAAACCUAUGGCAAGCUCUUCGGAAACAUUUAUGGAAGACCAUGGUCAGCGGAUGGAAGAAACUUCAUCAAUCGCCGUCACCACCAACCGAAACGCCUAAUACCGCUCAACGAUCGGAGGAGCCUGACGGGUUAGAAGCCGGAACGAAUGUGCACCUGGAAAAUUUCAGCGAAGACGCGGAAGACGCCGCGUUUAGCUACCCAUUGCCAGACCUCGAAGCGCGGGACGUGGUAAACGCUGGCGCCGAUUCGGAUCUGGGUUCGAGACGAUAUUCGGAGGUGGGGACGCCGCCGCCACGGAUAUCUGUCAAAUCAUCCUCGUUCGAGGACCGCAAGAACCCUAGUCCCACGGCGGACAUUGUGGAAGGGUUCAGGUCGUUGCCCAGGCCGAGGGCGGACAGCAGCGCAUCGUUUCGGCCGAGAGCGGGUACUACCGGAGCCGACGCGCUGGCAAGACCCAGAGCCGAUAGCAGUGGGGCUAUGGCGUUAUCCCGGCGGAUGUCGAAUAGCAAUGGGACGGCGGGGGGAACAAUGCCGCGGAUUAUCCGCUCGGGACCGCUCACACCGAAACAGGGGCAAGGGUCAAACACUUCUGUCUCGACCGGCCAACGAAUGAACGCGUCGAAUGGCAACCCGCAGAUUGCCAAAACGCAGUUGGCGGCACCUGGCGAAUUCGAGCCGGAGAUUGCAGAGGAAGAGGAUCUCCGCGACAUCACGCGAAACGCGUCCGAAGCAACCCCGCAUCCCAACGGCAAAACAAAUCCACUGAGCCACCACCCCCGCCGCCCCUCCACCGCCUCCUCCCGCUUCUCAACCACCGAACCCCACCCCGACACCUGGCCCUCCUACGUCCACCUCCACCUCCUCUCCGAAGCCCACGGCUGCGUCGCCCGCGGCCUCACCAUAAUCGCCUUCAUCUCCUCCCUCCAGCUCCUCCGGUACGGCCCGAACGCGCGACACUACCAUACCCUCGCGCCGUACUUCAUCCACGACUCGGCAUACACCGCCAUUGUCACCCAGACGUGCAUCACCUUCGCGGCGGAGCUGGUGGCGAGUGCGUUGGGGCAUUGGUGGCUGUAUGCGACGACGGGGAUCACGGUGUGGCAAGAGUAUCGGAGGUUUGUCGGGAUGUAUCCGGAGGUGGCGGUGUUUGAGGCUUUGACGCUUUUCCAUGUGCUUUUGGAUUCGACGUUUAUGCUUAUUAAGUUGGAGUUUUGACUGCGAAAACCUAAACUCACGGAACCGCGCAAACGGAUCGGGACACUUGAUUGAGCGGUUGGAUGCGAGGGAUGCACAGAGGGUAGCGGCAGCGGAGUUCAUGCUAGGCACGAGUGAAAGUCAUAGCAGGGAUAGGACAGGUUUAGGACAUAUGUAGAUCAGCGGUAGGGCCUGAUAGGACAAAAUGAUGGAGGGCGGGAUGUAAGGAGGGGAUGCUUCAGCACUGUCAAUGAAAAACAGCGCAAGAUGGUGCAUGAGUACAAACCGAUGAGUACUUGGCGUCUCAGCGACUCGGAAGGGUUUGCUCUAAAGGACCUGAGGAG